AUGGACCUCCGCCGCCUCGCCCAGACCAACAACGCGACCGCCGUCUCCUCCCCGCGCCAAGCCACCCCCGCCACCCAGCCCUCGACCCCGAAGCGCACCGCGUACCCGAUCGCGACAUCGCCCCUCCUCGGGCCCUCGCUCUCCGCGAGCAGGCCCUUCGACUGGGAGGCCGCCCGCUCACACCGCCCGCCGCCCUAUCCGUCCCCCGUCAUCGCAAAGCGCAAGGCCGCGCGCAAGAGCGAGGCCGGCGUCGGCACACUCGGCGCACCCACCAAGCGCGUGGUGCGCAAGAAAAGCUUGUGCGAACGGCUCACAUCCAUCCCGAGCCGCAUCGCCUUUGAGAUCUCCAUCUUCCCGAACAAUGUACCCCUGCCCUCCCCCAAAACCUCCGCGUGGCUCGUCGGCGGCCUCAUGCACUUCCUGCAUUUUUGCGUGCGCGUCUCCCAGGUGCGCAACGUCCCGGACACGGACGUGGGCUGGGAAGACAUGUUCCACGAGGACAACGACGUGUCCUGGUUCGACUGGACCGUGCCCGUCACCGCGCUCCUCGUCGCGCUCGCCUCCUUCAACGCCCUCUUCCUCUUCACGCACACCAAGCUCUACCACAUGCACGCCCAGCCCGACCCCGUCUCCUCCCCCCACGCCCGCUUCGUCGCCGCGCCCGCAGACCCCCCGCCGCUCGCGCGCCGCCUGCGCACGCAGGCAUGGCGCGCCGCCGCGGCCGCGUGGCGCUUCCUCCUCGGCAUCGGGACGUCCGCCGCGAGCCGCAGCUCCGCGGCCGAGUCGGCGCGGCGCGUGCAGGAGCUCGAGGUGUGGACGCCCGACGCGCGCGAGCUCGCGCUCUUCUGCGUGUACUCGCCCGUGCACGCGCUGCUCUGGACGGCGUGGAACUCGGGCAACUGGAUCCUCGUCGCGUGCGCGAUGGCCGGCGUGAGCGCGCAGCUGCGCGCGUUGACGGAGACGUACCAGGCGCUGUUGAAGGAUCGCGCGAUCAUCGCCGCGGAGGUCAUGCACGAGUACGACGAAAAGUUCGUGUAUCCGCGCGUCAACCCCGUCCGCAAGGACGCCGCGGUGAUGACGAACCAGGCCGAGAUCGUGAACAUCUGGGAAGACUGA